AAAUUCUCUGUGUUCCUCUGUUACUCUUAUCAUGAGGUCUGUCUAAACAACCAAUAGAAAUGCGCUCCUGAAUUCACGUGACUAACACGGAAGUGAAAGGUGUGCAGCUCAUGUCAGCGGUCCACAACAACGGGCGGCUCCCUAGCAAGCCUGCCUAGAGUGGUUUGGUGACAGGCUAAAGCAGCAUGCUGAAGGAGCUCCAUUAAAGUUAUUCAAACUUCAUAAUGCCGCUUGUCGCAGCUAACCAGCCGCAGCUGAUCCGCUCCUCUCAGAAGGAUGAAUAUUAUCAGAACAGUCUUAGAAACAACGCUAACGAGGCUUUCCAGACGCUUGCUGGAUCAAGACGAUGGCUGCAGUGGAGGAAGGAAGUGGAGCUCCUAUCAGAUCUUGCCUAUUAUGCACUAACCACUCUCUCAGGAUAUCAGACAUUAGGCGAAGAGUACGUCAACAUUAUCCAGGUUGACCCAACCAAACGCAGGAUUCCUUCCCGGACACGCAGGCUGGCUCUUGUUCUGUUUCACACCUUCGUACCGUAUGUCCUGGACAAACUCCUGGUCUGUAUAGAACAUGAGCUGGAGGUGGACGAGUGGGGUUCGCAGAAUGCCCAGCGAGACACUGCAUUAACCUGGAGCCCCAUGUCGUAUAUAAAGGCAUGGGUCCAUAGGGCGGUGAGAAUGCUGAAUAGUCAGCAGAGGAAAUCUUUAAAGCCUGUGGUCUUCGCAGUGCAGCAGGGAAUCACCGUCUUGCACAGGGUGCACGCGGCUCUGUUCUACAUCAGUGGUGCCUUUUAUCAUCUGGCCAAAAGGACAUCAGGCAUCAGCUACCUCAGAAUGCAGGGGAUGGCCGUGGACGAUAAAGGCAUCCGGACCAGCUACCGGCUUUUAGGGUGUGUGUCACUGUUGCAACUGGCCAUCACACUUGCUCUGCAGUUUAACAACCUGAGACAGAGGCAGCGCGCCAGACACGAGUGGACACAGCACAGAAAUCUUCCCUCAAGUCCACAGGAGACUUCAUCCUCUCGAUCUUCUCGCUGCAUUCUGUGCUUAGAGGAAAGGAGACACUCCACAACAACCCCCUGUGGGCACCUGUUCUGCUGGGAGUGUAUCACAGAGUGGUGUAACACCAAGACAGAGUGUCCGCUGUGUCGUGAGAAAUUUCAGCCUCAUCGCCUGGUUUAUCUGAGAAGUUACUGAUAGAUGACGUAAUAUUUCACUACAACCUGAACUUAGCUUUCAUUCCAAUACUGCUGUUAACACACCCUCAAAGCCACCUCAGAAGUGUGUUUGAUCUGCCUCAGGACGUCACAGUGCUACCACGGGAUGAGUGGAUAUUUAACCAGACCACACUUGCACUUGACAGCAAGAAGCACACAGCUGAAGUGGAUUCCUCUGGAAUUUGUAUCGUUCAUUUCCUCUGAACUGUGUGACUACUCUUAUUGGUUUAAUUACUGUGUAAUGUGCUAAUUACCUAGCUAUAUGGUUAUGUGAAUAAAGUAAAUAGCUACAGAUAUAUAAAUGCAGCUGUAAGAAAUCAAAUAAUAAGUACAAAAUAGUUUAUUGCACAUGUCUACAUUUAUAAACAGCUUCAUCUGCCUGUUUUUGUGGUUUUGAGAUUUGCAUGUGCUUAUACUAUUUAAUUAUAGUAUUUGUUUGGAUUCGUGCUGUAAAAUGAUGAUCAUAAAAUGAUGAAAUAUAAUUUUGUUGCUUUUUAAGAUAACUCCCUACCUUAAUCACCAUUCCUGUAAUAGCACAUUUCUCACUGCUGUCCAGCACGGUUCAUUUGUCUGAAGCACAACAUGAAGUGAAAAGUGUUUCUUUUAAAAUGAAUUUAAAAUGAUAAACAAUGGAUAUUUCGAUUCUUAAA